AUGUCCCAAUCAUCGGAUUCGUCUGAGUCUAUGAUUCCCCCUCCGAUGCUGAAUGAGACAGAGUUGGUGGUGAGUAACUUCAGAGACAAAGUGAUAGGACGCUUGUCGCUGUCACUUCAGAGAGGAGACUCCGUCGAGAAGAUAAAGGAGGUUUUUAGCCCCGCAAUAUACUCGGAAUGGAAGGAGCUCCCGAACUUUGUGUUCAGAAUCAUGCUGUUCCCAGUGUGUCCACACACUGAGGAUGCAUCAAGUCUGAGCCAACUGAAGAUAAGCGCAUACAUUGAGGCGAAGAAGAGGCCAGAUUGGCCUGAGAACUGGAUUUGCUACGGGACCCGCUUCACGAUAAUUGUAAUUAACGUAUCGGAACCACACGCCUCAAUUUUUAAGCGAGAUAGCUUCAACUUCUCGAGAACUGAAACUGACCGAGGCUGGCAAGGCAUUAUUUCCCAUUCACAGAUCCUCGAGAAUGGAUUCCUGAACAGGAACGGAGACCUGAUUCUGAGGGCUGGAGUUUAUCCCACAGGCCCUGAAAUCGACCGUUCAGCACGUGAUCCCAACUAUAAUUGCAGGUUAGCAACAGGUUUCGUAGGCCUUCAGAACCAUGGAGCCACCUGCUACAUGAACGCACUGUUACAGAGUUUAUAUAGUAUCACGAAGUUUAGGAAAUCAGUCUACAGCCUCAACUUUGAUCUCAACAAUUUAAUCGGACAAAAAUCUUUUAAAAUUAUCCAAAAAUAUACAAAUAAUUUACAAAACAAAGAUGAGGAGAAAAUGGAGUUGGAUAAUCCAUAUCCCGAGAGUAAUUUACCAACAAGUAGACCAUCAGAUGAUCCAUAUAGUAUUGGAUUGGAUAUGGAUUGGGAUGAGGUAUUGGAUGAGUUGGAGGAAAAGGAUUAUUGUAAUUUAUUAUUAGAGGAGGAGGUUGAGAAGAGGAAGGCUCCAUCAUUGAGUUUGGCUUUACAGAAUUUGUUUUACCUGUUAAACUACUCUGAGACCCCCCCUGCUUGUAAGGAGUUGAUGAAAUCAUUUGGUUGGGACAGCUCAGACAUGUUCACUCAGCAGGACAGUCACGAGCUUCUAAAACUUCUGCUAGACAAGAUGGAAGAGCAGAUGAAGGGUACCCCAGUGGAGGGUAGUGUCAAGAACAUCUUCGAGGGUGAAAUGGAGACAUACAUUGAGUGUAUUGACAUUGAAUACAAGUCAUGUCGUAGAGAAACCUUUGAGGAUAUCCAACUUGACGUCCAAGGCUGUGACAACAUCUACGAGUCACUUGACAAGCUCACAGCUCCGGAACUCCUCGCAGGUGAGAACAUGUACGAAGCUAAAGGACAUGGAAAACAAAGAGCCAACAAAGGUAUCCGCUUCCUCAAGUUCCCUCCAGUCGUUAUAUUUCUUCUCAAGAGAUUUACGUUUGAUUUGAGUAAAAUGGACACCGUAAAAUUGAAUAACCGUUUCGAGUUUUAUAAAGAAAUUUCAUUAUCACAAUAUAUACAAAAUGAUACUAACAAAAUUGUAGAUGGAGAUUAUGUAUUACAAGCAGUAUCAGUACAUCAUGGAUCAAUAAAUAGUGGACAUUAUUAUGCUUUUGCAAAGAAUGAAGAUAGUUGGUUUCGAUUUGAUGAUGAGAUUGUGACCCGAGUAUCAGAAUACGCAGCUAUAAAUGAUAAUUUUGGAGGUGAAGAUCAGGAGUGUUAUAAUUAUUUGACAACAAACCCAAAUAACCCGAGCAUAUACAGUAAUCAUAUGAACCGUUACAGAAGAAGUAAAGUAUACAACGCCUACAUCUUAAUUUAUGUUCUUAAGAGUAAGAAGGAUGAGAUUCUAGGAGAGGUAGACAUGUUAAAAGAGAACUACCAAAUGCUCAAGCGUUAUAGAAUACAAAGAUUAUUACAUAGUUUGCGUUCGAAAACAAGAGAACGAUUAAAUAGCUUUGUUAAGGUUAAAGUUUUCACACCAGAAGAGUUUGAAGGAAACACACUCCUGAACCAACACUUCAAUACAUGGCCUAACAAGCUUGUAUUAAAACACGAUAAAUCCAACUCAAUAUCAGAACUGAUCUCCCAAAUCACCGACGAUUUGGACAUCGAAGAAGAUUCUUAUGUAAAUUAUUAUGUCCUAGGGUUAAAUAAGCAGUUUAACAAAUUCCUGAGUAUAAGUGACUUGAAAAAUAAGCACAAAAUCCCUGUCGAGACCAUUUCUGACCUGGUACAGCUAUUACGGAGAGAAUAUUACCAGCAGUUUGACCCGACACUAUAUUUGCUCAAGACUACUUCAGCUCCUACAGUUGAUUCUCAAGAUACAAUUCCAAAGAAUACUAAUGGUCUUUUCGUUCCAUCAAUUAACAUUAGUUCUACCAGUUUGAUGCAACGUUCAGCAUCUCUUUUAGGAUCUGCAGGUCUUCUAAAGUCAGUAGCAGCUGAGAAAACCUUUCUAAUUAUCAAAUACUAUGACAUUUUUACCAAGGACCAUGAAAAUAAUCUCAAAUGUCUUAAAAUGGUAUAUAUAAAUCCACAGAGAAAUGUAUCACAGCUUGUUCCACUAGUGGUAGAACAGCUUAUUAACUUCAUGUCAAAUAACUUGGUAACACCAUAUAGAUUAAAGGAUCUUAAUAAGUUAUUGGAGAAUAUUAGGUCUGGCAGGGUAUCUGAAGAUAAUUUAGUAAAUACAUCAUUUGAGAGUAUUCCAGCUGAAACAAUACCCAAAUCUGAUACUGACACAAAUGGUUUCAAUUCUGAUACAAAUACCAUAACAGAUGUAGAAUUAAAUCUUAAUACUAAUGAUACAAUAGAUGGUGAUGAAGAUAGAAGAAUAAAUAUGUUAAUGAGAAAUGAAUCAUUACAUUUAUGUUGGUUUAUUGAGAUUGAUAAUAAUUUUUCGAAUUUGGCAUUAGGUAAGAAAUUGGAAGAUCAAUUAACAAAUGGAGAUGUGCUGGUAUGUAAUUUUAGACCAACAGAUGAAAUGCGUCAAGAAAUUGAACAAGUAGAAAAAAAGACAAAUCAGAAAGAGGAUUUUGAAACAACAAAACCAUCAUUUAAAUCAGAAAAUACAAACCAUUUUAUAAUAUCAAGUUCAGAAAUAUAUUUAAAGAGUAUGGGUUUAGAACCAGAUGAAUCAUUAAAACAGUAUCGAAAUCUACAACAAAAAUGGUCAUUAGAACAAGAAAAUAAAUUAAAACUACACCAACUAUACAAUUUUAGUAUCUAUGAUUAUCCAAGCUUUAUACAAUGGAAACUUAACAAUAUUCAAGUUACAUUUAAAUUAUAUGAUCCAUUACAAUUACUUUCCACUUGGAAAAAUUGUUCAAAUUCCAUUAUACACACUGAUAGUACGAAUGGAGUUGUUACUAAUGGUAAUACUGGUACUGGUACUGUUACUACCACUGGUACUAAGGAUAGUACAGUUGUACCGGGUACUGUAGGUACUACUAGUACUAAGGAUACUCCCACUGCUACUGUUACUACGGAUAAUGUGGAUGAUGUAGAGAAUAUAAAGAGUAUUGAAUUGGUAGUAGAUUUAAGAAUGCCAUGUAAACAUAUAUUAAGAUAUGUAAGUUGGUUAUUAGGUGUGGAUCCAUGUCACGUCUUAAUAUUCAAUGGAAAUCCACAGAAUUUCGAGACUAUAGGUUCACACUUGUAUUCAUUAGAUGAUUUCUCUAAUAGGGAUAACUCACUUGGAUAUACUCAGAAACCUUUAAUACAUUUAUUUACUAUUCAAGGGAACUUGGUUAUGCCAAAUAAUCUAAACCUAUACCAUAACCCUGCAAGUGCAAGACUAUCUCAAAGAUUAUCACAAUCAUUAGAUCCAAAUCUCACAGGAGAUAAUACAAAUUCUAAUCUAGAUACUGGUAAUAAUACAGGUGAUCCCACUAGUCAUAGUACUGAAGAUAAUGCGAAUACCCACACUAAUGUCGAUACUGCAGAUCCUGUAGAUACUAUAGAUCCUAAUGUUGAUUUAGUUGAUCAAAAUGAUUUGGAAGAUAUUAGAAAUGAUUAUGAUGAGUUGGAGGAUCUUAGAAGUGAAUAUGAUGAUGAAGGUAUGGGUAGGAGAACAGGGAGAUACAAUUUGAGGCUUUUGAAUUCCUUUAGACGUCAAACUCAUGAAGAGAAUGUGAUUCAUAUGGGAGUCCUGUUUGAACCCUAUUACAACUGGAACUACAAAUUCAAUGAUGAGAUGAUAAAUAUUGUGGGACAAAUAUUCAAUGAGAAGGCACAGAUCAUUUCAGCUCUAAUGUGUAAAGUUCCAACCAAUUUCACAGUUGGUCAGCUAUGCAACUUUGUCUCAAACAACUAUGAGUCUUUAAAUUCUAGUAAUAAAAGAGUAAAACAGACUAGAACUGAUUCUACUGAUCCGGCCCUAUUACUGGUGGAUGUUAUCACUAGUUUAUAUACUAUUGUGGAUUUGGACACUAAAGUUUUGGAAUUACCACAAUAUUCUAAUACUAGUAUUCGUAACCUUUUUUCUGCUCCUUUAAGGUUCGUACCAAACUGGACUCCUGAACAACAUGAGCUCAUUCAUCAGAAGAAACUCUGUCCUCUAACAGUGUUCCAUCAGACUUCUGAUCACGAGUACUUUGGACAUCCAUUCCAAGUUCUCGUACCUCCUACUUGGAACUUUCUACAAAUUAAAACUCACAUCAAGAAUACUCUGGACGUGCCCAAGAAGCUCUGGGAUCGCUGGACUUUCUAUCAAGUCACCGACUCCCAUGCGAGGACUUGGAAAUCUAAUGAUGACCUUCUCGACUGGGACAACUCCAACAUUAAACUGCUUGCGGAGCACCCUAAACCCUAUGAAAAAUCCAAAAAUUUUGGAAUCAUGAAAAUCACUUAA